AUGCAUCAACAAGCUCGACCCGCACCGCGAGUCUCAUCGCCCGCUUCUUCACCCCAGACAAACCCUUCCCGAACGAACAAUCCAAGAGAAGGAAUACUGGGUGCUCGCGCAAGAUCAGGGUCUGAAGCCUCUGGCCGUGAACCCGCAGUCGCUGCCUCUCCAACUCUCGAGACUCCUCCAGGGGUUGGCCCUCCUGCCGAUGCCAUCAAAAAGUUGGACCAGAUAAUCCAGAACUUUCACACCAAGGCUGCCUCGGUGGUCCUUCAAUCGCGCAUCAACCUGAAGCCCAUAUACACAACCCGUGGGUCUGGCAGCAAGAAGCUGAACAAAUGGUUCCAAAUCGAGACCGAAGAGUUCGACGACUUCAAAGAUGAGCUGCGUGUAUGGAGAAAUUGCGGCAGCUUCGAAAACAAGCCGCCGCCCUUGAUCAUUGAGACAUAUCUUGACACUUCACGCCUGACCGCUAGCCAAACCUUGGUCAUUGUUGACGAGAAUGGAAAGAGAUGGGAUGCCAUGGAGGCACUGAAUUCUUCUGAUUCGAGCGAUGAUGGCCGACCCGUUGCUGCAAAAAAGAAGACCGAAGUUAUUCUGGAAAGAUGGCGCAUUGAAUUGAAGACAAUACCAUCCGAUGGCCUAAAUGACUUCGGCCCAACAUUACCGACUAUAUACAAGAAAAGCAUCGUCUUCUUUCGGUCACUAUUUGCCGCAACAAGGAUCCUUCCGGUUUGGAAGUUCACACAGCAUUCCCUCAGUAAAGGCGUGCACCCCUCACUAGAACCGCGAUGCCGUAUUCGAACCGGCGAGCCAGAUACCGACGGCCUCGAUCGCCUCAGGCAUCCGCUGUAUGAUGGCCGGCCAGAUGUUGUAACGGACUAUGUGUUUGGUGAUUUGGAAGUCCCUGUCGGUCGUUUGUAUGCAUCGGUGACGUACAGGAAUGAGUGCAACUUUCGAGUGGAUGAUUCCGAGGCGCUCCUGAGUUCACGUUUCAUGGGCGUCGACGAGAACUUUUUUAAGCCCUCGUUGCCUCAGAGGAGGGAAAGCCGCAGGAACGACCCCGAGGUCGGGUCUCUACCGUCUCAUCGACGCAGCAGGAACCUGUCUGACAUUCACCAGACAUAUGGCAGCCUUUCAACCUUUCACGGCGAUGGUCCUUUGGGCACCAGUCCUAUAUCAGCUCUGAAGGCCGUACGACCUCCUGGUUCUGACACAAGUUCGCCCCCGGAUUCUGUCCCGGCGAGUGUUGUGCCAAAUCCCCCAAACUCUUUGCCUGUCUCGGGAUUGGCGUCGAGGCCAUCUGCCAAGGGCUUCAGUAGCACUGGCCGGCGUCCAUCCGUCUCCUUUCAGCCUUUCAAAGCUGGUUCCCUGUCUGGCUCUCCAGUUCCUCGAACGUUGGAUUCUGAGUCACCGGCCUCACCCAUGUCACGGGCCGCAGCAUUGAAUGCGCUCACGCAACCUCGCAACCGUACGUCAUUGACAGCCGGUAUGCCUGCCUCUCUGCGAGGCGGUCCUCCGGCAAGCGACGCAGCUGUAGUGGGCUCCCCUCGGCCAUCCUCAACGAGCCGCUAUAGCAGUAGCUUUACCCAUCGCAAAGGGCGGCUUUCCUUCGGCGGUACGAGCAAGGCGGUGGAUGACGAGCAGGGUAGCAGCGGGCGACAAAGCCUCUCUUCGUCUGUGGCGCAACCUGGCUCUGGGCUAUUGGCCGAAGCAGGAGGCGGUGGUAGUUCAGGGUCACUGCAAACAGAUGACGACCAAAUCUCUGAGUUUCUGAAGGCACUGGACAGCAAGAAAACUCUUAAGAGCUUUGAGCCUAGCAAAAAAGGCGAAUGGGCAACGAACAGGACGGUUGCUCAGCUCUCCAAAUUCCACAUGAUGAAGGAAUCAAACAACGCUCUCACAGACUCAAUGACCUCUUCAAUGCAGAUGCACAGAUCAUCAAGUUCGUCAAGCCGACAGCUCUCCAACGUUCCCAGCAUGGCCGCCCCCGCUUCGAUAUCGGUCUCAUCUUCCCCUGGCAAACCUCUUUCGCCACACACUCCUCAUACCCCUGCAGUACCUUCACGUUUGAGCGAGAAUUCAAUCAUUAAUUACAACACCAGUCAACCUCGAAGCGAGCGAGGCAACAGCAGUGCAGAAAACACGCAGAUUAAUAGAGAAGACACAAUCACUCAAGAUGGUACUACUGCUAUUGAUAUACCCAUUUCUCCAAGAAUAGGCACGCAUCCGAGGCGUUCUAGCUCCGUGGCCCAGCAGAACCGGGCACUAACGGAUGAAGACGAUGGUGACCUUGCUUUUGCAGCUAACCGUAGCAUCAGUCUGGGCGCCGAAGACCGUGAGCCGCCCACCCUCAGUAUGCUGCUGGGUAGGCAAGCAAAAGCCGAGUCAUCUACCCGAAGAGAGGGGACAUCGCUACAGCCAGCAGUUGACAUUCAGUCAUCGGGCUCGGCGGAUAUGAUCAGGCAGGGCUCAUCUGAAGGGUCUAAGCCACCAGGAGGUCUUAUGGCCGUCGCACCGUCCAGCUCGCCGUUUGGAAGGCGUCGAUAUGCUGGUAUGGCAUCAACCGGUGGCCGCGGCCAGACACCCCCCCAAUCAUCAAGAGGAAGCUUCACAGGCUCCAUCGGACGAUACGGACGUGGUGACAAUGACCUAGUCGACGAGGAGCCGCUACUUUUCGACAUGUCAGAAAUGGACGCCCAGUCACGUCGAAGUCUGGAGGAAGGACGCGGUGGCGGCAACGUUGGAUCUGGCUCGGGGAGCCGUGGCGACUUUGAACCCCGAGGCAUCAGUCGACGAGGAUGGUAG